UGCGCGCGCGCACGUGUGUAGCGCGCACACGUUGCGGGCAGAACCCUUUUGCAGGCUGGCCUUGUCAUACAUCGUUGACGACACAUUUUCACAUUAUAAGAUUUAGAGUCAAAGGCAGAUAAGACGGAACCGGCAGUUCGGCCACUGCACGCACCGGCAACACAGAACCGGGCUGGAGCGCAAGGAAAAGCCGGGGAAGCCGAAACAUGAUGAUGUGAACACCAAUAACCUUGUCCUUUCGCCACAUCGUGAGUGGAAAAAGGGCUUGUAAGUGCAUGCAGCCAUGGGGAAAGACUACUACAAGAUUCUGGGCAUCCCCAAGGGCUCCAACGAGGAGGAGAUCAAGAAGGCCUAUCGGCGCAUGGCCCUGCGCUUCCACCCUGACAAGAACACAGAGGCCGAUGCCGAGGAGAAAUUCAAAGAGAUCGCCGAGGCCUACGAGGUGCUCAGCGAUCCCAAGAAGAAGCUCGUCUAUGACCAGCUAGGGGAGGAAGGUUUCAAGACGGGAGGCAGCAGUUCCUCCGGUGCCCCUGGUACCACAACGCACCACUACACCUUCCAUGGAGACCCCCACGCCACCUUUGCUUCCUUCUUCGGCGGCUCCAAUCCCUUCGAUGUGUUUUUCAGCGUGAAUCGCAGCCACGCCCGUCCCAACGGUUUCUCCUACAACGACCACGGCAACGACGCAGAGCAGGACGCAGAGCUAGAGGAAGAUGACCACUUUGUUCACUUUGGGAGGCCCUUCGGCUUUGCGGGAGGGAUGAAAAACGGCUUCCCGGCAGAGGUCCGCAGAAGAAGGGGCGCGCCUUCAGAGAGCCUGAAGGGAGCUCGAAAGCAGCAGGACCCCCUGGUUGUCCACGAGCUUAAGGUCUCACUGGAGGAGAUCUUCCACGGCUGCACCAAGCACAUGAAGAUCACACGUCGCAGGCUGAACCCAGAUGGGAGGAGCUUGAGGACGGAGGACAAGAUUCUCAACAUUGUGAUUAAGAAGGGCUGGAAGGAGGGCACCAAGAUCACCUUCCCUAAGGAGGGCGACCAGACCCCUGAAAAUAUUCCUGCUGACAUUGCCUUCGUGCUCAAAGACAAGGGCCAUGCCCACUUCAAGAGAGACGGUUCCAAUAUCAUUUACAACUGCAAGAUCAGUCUCAAAGAGGCAUUGUGCGGCUGCACUGUCAGCAUCCCCACGGUGGAGAAGCGCCUCAUCUCCCUGCCCUGCCAUGACAUCAUCAAACCCGGGACCGUGAAGCGACUCCGAGGGGAGGGCCUGCCGUUCCCUAAGAACCCCUCACAACGCGGUGACCUCAUUGUGGCGUUUUCAGUACGUUUUCCCGACAGGAUCCCGCCGCAGUCCAAAGAGAUCAUCAGACUUCACCUUCCUCCGUCGUAAGAAGAAUUCCACACCAUGAUGGAUUGUGGAGCCUCUCUUAUGAAACCUCCAUGUUGCUCCACGCAGCAUUUUGAGACUGCAUAACAUGGAAUUACACGCUCACUUGACACUAUUCAGUUCAAUAUAUUCAAAUAGCUAGCAGUUAAGACACAGGUCGGUUUUAUUUAGUUUUUACCUCAAUAUCUUCUUAACUCUUUUCAAAACUAUCUAUGGUUUUCUAUGUGCCAUUUGUGUGCUCCUCGUCUAGUUCGACGACUUACAACAGCAUCUUCUUAAUUUUUCAUCUAGCGUACCAGCAGCUCAGCCUUUCUUUCAAUCUACUGAAGCAUUGCCUUUUUACAACUGCUCCAGAUAUCAUCUGUCUCCCUCACCAUCAAUUGUCUUAGGCUCUGUUUCGCAAAACAAUCAACUGUCAUUGGAAUAAUAACAUGGACUGACAAUCAUCUGAAACAGCAGUCUAAGCUCAAAACCUGCACAGAAAAUCGGUGCUUUCCAUUUGAACCAUACAACCAGGCUCACUAUUUAUGUGCCUUAGCCAAGUGUUGUAUCUCACACACAAUGUAACACCCAACCAGCCGUGUAAGAUGACAAACAUUCUUAAAAGCGGUCUACCUAUUGUGUUGUAUUAUACGCAACAAUAGUUGAAAUCCUCAUGAGGACUCAUUCAUCUUGUUAAGUGCAAUUCAGCAUAAGUUGGACAUCCCAGAGGAAUUAGAGUACGAUUGAAUGAGGAAUAAAAAAUAGUGUACUUGUGCUUCUCCUGGGGAUAUUUUAAUGUUUAGUUUUGCUUUCUCAUUUCAUUGGAAGGCCAUGUCUUGGUGCUACAAUGAGCAGUGUCAACACCGUGGUGUCUAUUUUUUUUGUUUGAUAGAUUAUGUAUUGUAUUUAAAAUUUGCUUGUACCACUUGUAUCAUUUAUACAUGGAACCUUGCACUUUUUUAGUUAAACUGUUUGUAUGUAUAGUAGUGCAUCAGCUUUGACAUCUUACACAUGUCGGGGGCUCUGUUAGCCCCUUUAGCUAUUUCAACACCAGUUAACAAGCAGCCAUGUUUACAGUUUUUAUGGAUCACUAUGACCUGUUUGAAGAAACUGGGAACCUCUCAGUCUGCAAAAUCACCAUCUCAGCAGAGCAGCAUUUUUUGCAAGCGGGCAAAUUUGACUCCAAACGGCACUAGCAUUGAGGACCCCAGGAAGAGGAGUGCUGGCAUUGCCAUAGUUAAUCCUAAAUAAAACAAACAAAUGUAAGCUACUCUACGUGCAGUUAUAGGCUGCAAUGGUGCACGGAAUCACACAAGGGCUGUAUUUUGUUGCCCAUUGUGUAAUGGAGAUUUUUAAUUGGUGUUGUAAUAAAAAAAAAAUUUAAAAAAGUGUUGUGAUAUAGAUGAAUUAUAUAAUUUAAAAUGUUGGCUAUGGAAAUAGUCUCUUUUAAAUACAAAAAUAAACUUAAUUGAUAAUUAAUUGGAGGUGCUUUUACACUUAUGUCAAAGUUGAAUUGUUUGAAGGCAGAAUUUGCACAGGAAGAGCCUUUUGCAAACAUGUGUCAUUUUGACCACUGUGGCACUGUUUAGGCCUCUGCAUUACCAGUUUUCAAAAUGUAGAUUUGGAGUUGAUGGCUACAUCAAAACAAUCAAUA